AUGUGCUUGGAAGAUUAUGUCACAUGUGAAAGUCCUAUUUCCAAAGUCAGUGCACUCGUAACUUUCAAGUUGCAACCGAUGUUCAAGAGAUCGUUGACAUAUGUGAUGAUAAAUGACACUGAUUUUGGAGAUCAAGCCGUGACUUUUGGGGAAAAACAUGAGUUUGCGGAUUUCAUAUGGUUACCAAGCCAAGGCAAAGUGUUGUACCGAAUUGAUGAUCGGAUUCAGGCCAAUGUUUUUGUUUCAGGCAAUGGCUUGUUCAAUUUUUUCCCAUUCCGUUCACAACUCUCUCUGGUCUUAGCCUUCACCAGAUCCUUAGAGAGCGACGAGUCUUCGGGUGAGGCAAACAACAAGUGUGCGAGAGCAAAGACAUUAACGUCUUUUUUGUUUAAAAUCUCAUACGGGUUAACUAACAAUGGCUUUCUAUUUACAGGCUAUCCGGUCAUCGGACCAAUGUCUUCCGGUGCGUGUCUAGAUAGUUAUCAUAACGGACUGAUUACGGCUUGUCCGUGGGAUCCACGCAUUAAAGGCUAUUUUUUUUACCAAACAGCAUUAAGUGUUCCCCUCACACAUGUCAAAGAUUUCAUCAACGACAUCAAAGCACUUGUGAAGAUUGAGCCAAAAUCUCUCGGCGGCCUAGAUAGACUCAACAAUGGUGUUCUAGUCCGCUAUGUCACAUCCUCUACUGCUUAUCUAGGGAAAGAAGAAAAAGCUUUAGACUUUGACCUAACUUACUACAGAAGCAAAGAUGAUCCUUUGACACCACGUCUCUAUGAGGAUUACAUCGAAGAGAUCGAGCAAAUAGCCACAUUGAAAUACAAUGCCUUGCCUCAUUGGGGGAAGAACAGGAACGUAGCUUUUGAUGGUGCCAUUAGAAAAUACAAAAACGCGUUUGCGUUUAUGAAAAUAAAGGAGAGAUUGGAUCCGUCGGGGUUGUUUUCUACAGAAUGGACAGAUCAGAUUUUUGGUUUAAAAGGAAACGUGACGAUUGUGAAGCCAGGUCGUUGUGCAAUGGAAGGGCUGUGUAUUUGUUCGGAAGAUUCUCAUUGUGCUCCGAACAGAAGUUAUCUGUGCCGACCAGGUAAGGUUUACAGAGAAGCUAGGGUUUGUACUCUUGUAAGCGCUUAA